AAUUUUGUGAUUUCGAGUUGAGUAACCUGCAUAGCCUCCUUCCAAUCCUCACAGUUUGUUUUCGUGGGCAGCCUUCUCUGAAGCAAGCUGUGUGCAAUGAAACGAAAGCGUGAAGUCCACGACGAUGAAGCAGAGGAGAACAGCGAACCCAGCGAGGAAGCAGCGAGAAAAAAGAAAGUGAAGAAAUCCAAGAAAUCUGCCCGAAAGGAAAACGAUAACGCUGCUGAGGAUGCAGGCCGCGGGAACGAAAGCGAGCAGACAGACCAGCCUGAUGACGAGGCGGCUGGCACGGUGACCUCCCCUGCGCAAGGCGAUUCCACAAAGGCGCCGGAGUCCAAGAGUCCUGGCAGAGAGAAAAAGGGACCUGUGAACGACCCUGAUCGAUUGUGGAAACGGGAGAAGACUGAUCACCAUGAGUACGUACAACUCAAACAAGCAGCAGAUGCUGCCGGCAGCGGCAGAAAGAAGAAUCAGGGCAGCGCUGCCCAGAUGGCGGUGGAGUAUCUUCGGCAGUGGCAGGAAGACAAGAAGAAUUGGUCGUUCCGUAAAGUGCGACAAGUUUGGCUCCUGCAACACAUGUAUGACAAGAAUAAGGUGAGCAAGUCGAACUUCAAGAUCCUGGUUGACUAUCUGUCGGGACUUAAGGGCGCGUCUCGACAUGUCACCCUGGAGCAGUCUAGGAAAAUCAUCGAAGGAGAAGAGGACGAAAGUGACGAGGCGGUUGACGACGACGAGACUAAAGGCGAUAUGUCUCAGGCGGCCGCUGUGGAUCCGGAUGCUGACGGUGACGGUGAGGAUGAAGAGAAAGAGAAUAAGGAAGAUGACGGAGCGGAGGAAGGCGAGAAAGUCAGUGAGGAGCAGAGACGUGCGGAACGCGAAGCAGAGCGCGAGAGAAAAGCUGCGGAGCGCGUGAAGCGGCGGCACAUCCGUGAGAAGCGUGCCAAGCAGAUCCUGAGAGAACUUUCCUGAGUUCUCCGGCGGUCCCUCAGUAACACUGUGCUGCUGGUGGUGGUGGUGAGGGAUUACUGAUGGUGGUGAGGGAUUACUGAUGGUGGCGAGGGAUUACUGAUGGUGGCGAGGGAUUACUGAUGGUGGUCGAUGUACACUGGCAUUAUGUACUAGUACCCCCAUUGCCCAACAGCGCCCCCUAGUCGGCUCUCCCACCAGGGAAUGAUGCCUUUAUCUAAAGCCUGUAGUACUGAUUGAGAGCAAGUAUCAGCGUGGACCCCGUUACACCCAGCACCAGUACAGACAUCAUCAACUGAGUAACGGCGAGCUAUGCUGUUUUGUGGGCCACCGCCCAGGAUGUCAACUGGACGCCGCGACAUUGGCGUUCCUCGAAGUGUCCCUCACCUCGGACACCACGGCAUUGACGUUCCUCGAAGUGUCGCUCGCCUUGCUGGAUCGUCACACCUCUGCAACGCCCUGUCAUCGGUCGUCGUGCGUUGGCCUGGCUGGAUUUUUGGUGGCAAGUCACAGGCUGACAAUAUGCAGGGCAACAGCUGUCCCUAGUGCGGGUGUGCAGUGAGUACUUCUGGUGAUACACGUGCAAGCAUCGACCGAGUAAGUGUCGGCAGCGCUAUUGUUGCGUGCACAGCGCGCUCAUGUGAUGGGAUGGGUAGUGACAGACUGGAGCAUGCCUUGACGCGCACAUAAACAGCUGACGCUCACUGCACGGUAUCGCCAUUGAUACCGCAAGUAUGCACUGGAUAUCUGCUGGCAUGCAGUCAAUGCUAGGAACUCACGUACACGCAUGAAUGAAGCUUGCUGAAUAUUUGUGUGUGCGGUGAUGUUUAUUGCACAGUUACUGGGGAACAAAUUUAUCUCCUCCUGCUUUUUUUAAUUAUCAUUUGCGCUCUAGCUGCUGCUGGGGCUCCAAUGAUGUUUGGUUUGCUUGGCAUGGCUUUAAGUGUAAAGUUAGUUGUGUGCAGCCGCAUUGGGCUUGCGACAUGUGCAGCUUGUCACUCGCCAACACUCUGGCGCCAUAGCGUCUGCUGCUGCUGCUGGCGUGCGGUCGGGGGCUUCUCUCUGGCGGUGAUUCCUGCCGGCGUCGCUCCUGCAUAUUCGUUUGUGCUGGCAGGUGCACUGUGUAGUCGUCAUUGUCUUGACAGCUGUUGCGUUCCAUGCCGUGUCUGAGGGUGUGUUUGGUGUUUCUGCGGUUCUCGUCUGCUGUAUUCUGCUAGCCACCUUGGCUUGAGUUGGGUGAUGUUCACGCAGAGUGAGAAGGAGGGAGAGAGUAUAGAGAUCAUUGCGCUUGUGUCCGCGCACACCGUAUUUACUUUUUAUUUUCUUUCUCUCUUUUUUUUGUCGUGCAAGCUCAUUCUCAGCAGCUUAUCAGCGCUCUGCUACAGCCCGCAUAAUUAUGCAGGCAGGCAGUGCUCACUGCAUGCAGUCGCCAUGUUUUUAUCUUGCUCUUGAGCUCUGUGCCCAGUUCUGGUCAGUGAUGGCUUCUAAUUAGUUUUUGGCGCUCGUGACGUGUUUUUGCUGUUGUGAGGAUUUCUUGACCGCCGCGUGUGCUCGAGCUGAAGAUUUGAAUAUUUUCAUUUAUUUUUGUCUGGAGUG